AUGGAUUCCAUUGAAGGAAAUGCGCUAUUGAAGAAAGUGAAUUCGCUGAUAACCAGAUUAGAUCAAGAAGAAAUGAUAAAGUAUUUCAAAUUAGAUGGGUAUAUUCGAGUAAAUACGUAUUUUAUAUCUCCGUUCUCAUUAAUUACUAUAAAAAGAGGAUUGAAGAACUUUCUUGUAUCAUGGGAAAUGACAGAAAAUGGGUGGAAGUUUGUUUUUAACAAUAAUGCAUGUGUGAAUUUUAAAGGGCCACUAACCAGCCAGACAAAAGACGGAAAGAUUAUUCACAUAAAAAUAGACUGUGCAAAAAUAGAGUGCAACUCUGAAAUGCACUAUGCUGUUCUUACUAGAUACUUCAAGUGUUUAGACACUUUUUAUUUUAUGGUGACAGAGGUAGAUGAAGAGUUUGAACUCCUCACGAAUCCACUUGGCAGUGUCUGCGGGUGGAGUCAACUGAAAAAGUAAAAUAAUGCAAACCCACCAAAGAGUAUUUCUAGUUUAGGAGAAAUGAAAUAGAUAUAAUAAAUAUUACUAGAAA